GUGUGGCUGAAGUCCAAAGAGCAGAUUCCAUCAAUCCUGACAACGUGGAUACUUUGCCACUCCCAAUGGAGACUGAAGAACCUGCAGGAGACCAAGGUGAGCACAAGGACAUUGAAGACGAAGGUGAGGAGGAGAAGCCAAUGGAGGUUGACGUGCAUGUCGAACCCAACAGUGCACAGCUUGAGGUGAUGGAGGUGCCAAGUGGCCAGAAGACAGAGAAGCCUGAAGAGCCUCAUGAGGUCCAGGAGGGCGAGGCAGAAAAGCCUGAGGAGCCUCAUGAGGUCCAGGAGGGCCAGCCAGAAAAGCCUGAGGAGCCUCACGCCGAGGAGAGCAAGAUGGAGAAGGUUGAUCACGUUGCUGGCCAA